AUCCUCAGUAGCAGUAGCAGUCAGUUAUCAGCAGUAGAAGCAAUCAUGAAGUUCGCCGUCGUCAUUAUUCUGACCCUUUUCGUGGCCAGUGGUUGGACGCAGCCCCUGGAUCUGGGUAUUCCCGCCCAGCUGGACGCCCAGGUGCGCAGUGUGGUGGACGAGAUGGCGGACAUUGGCAAGUCCACCGGUGAGGCUUUGGUCCAUCAGUACGAGGAGAUCGUCCUGGAGCCGCAGCACGAGCUGGAGGAUGCCCUCGACCAGGUGGAGUCACGUCGCCAGGAGAGUCCCGAGUGCGUGGCCGCCGAGGAUGAGGAGAUCGCCCGCAUCGUGGACGCCGCCCAUGAGGAUCUGCACUCUUGCGGUGUGGUCGCCGCCCACACAUCCGCCGAGAUCGCCUCCGAUGUGAACGCGGCCACCCAGCAGCUGGUCUUCGGGGGCUACAGCCUGGGACGCACCUACAACAAGUGCAACUCGUACAAGAACUCCGUCCUGAAGCAGAGCUGCAUGGCCAAGUUCUACAUGCAGACCACCGUCUAUCUGGUCAGUGCCCGCUCCUCCAUCAAGACCAUCCGCAAGUCCACCAGCGAGCGCAUUCCGGCCGUCUUCGCCGACGGCAACGUGUGCACCCACUCUGCAUCCUCGCAGGCGGUCCAGGGUCUCCAGGAGAUCAGCAACCACAUCGACGCCUGCGUCUCCCGCCGUCGCUAGGUAACCUCUGUUGUGCAAAUAAAGAUUAUGGAUAUUCUAUGAAAA